GCCUCCCUACGCCGGAGCGGAGUGAGAUGAGGACCGGAGCCCGCAGCGCUCGGACGGGCCGGACAGAGCGGAGCUUUCUGCGCUUUUUCAGGCGUUUCAGAGCUGAGGGACACCGCGCCGUUUGUCCUACUGAACCCGGUUUUGAUUGCACUCCUGGUGGCUACGCCUCCAGCUUCGUCCCGCUGAACGGCGGAGAACCGAGCGGACUGACUCAGAGACAUGUACCAGGUUCAGCUGGUCGGGGAGCAGCAGGAGAGCCGGCCCCUGCUGAGCCCCUCCAUCGAUGACUUCCUGUUGGAGAGCCGGAGCGACGCCCCCUCCGCCCGACCGCUCACCUCUAACACAGCAGUUCUGUCCACAGCUCUGGAUCUGGUGGACCUCAGCGAGCUGGGGGAGAGCAGCGGGGGGGGCAACAAGGACCGGAGGAAGAGGAGCCCUCUGAGGAGGAAGGGCAGCUCGAAGAGUCCCCGACGCCGAGUCAAACCCGAGGAGACGGAGCUGAUCCAGGUGCAGGUGGAACACCUGCCUGCUAGUCCCAGAACACCUGAGAGAAUCUCACUGGACUCAGUCAGUCUGUCGUCUCCUUUGGACAAAUGGGACGAGGUGAGCCUAGACGUGGAGGACGGGGGACGGAGGAGGAGAUACGAGAAGAGAUGCACCUCCCAUCACUCGUCCAGUGAACUGCUGUGGUCUGCCGAGUUCAAAACCGAUCCACUGACGAAGAACAACUUCGACAUCCGCAGCUUCGACGAUCUCGACUUCAUUUCUUCAACACAGGACUGUGGGCCAUCCAGACAGCGCAGACGGACUCGCUCUCUGCUGGUCAGAAACGAGUCUCUGGAGGACGAGUUUGUCAGAGCGAAGGCUGCUGUCGAGUCAGACACCGAGUUCUGGGACAAGAUGCAGGCAGAGUGGGAGGAGCUCGCUCGGAGGAACUGGCUGGAGGACUCUGAGGACCAGCGGCCAAUCCCGCCCACCGUCUCACCUGCAGAGAAGGGUUACUAUUUCAAUACCAACAACCCGUACAGAGACUGGCCCAACGCCUUCGCUGAGGGUCAGGAGAAAGCUCGGGAGGGAGACCUGAACGCUGCCGUGCUGCUGCUGGAGGCCGCCAUCUUACAGGACCCACAGGACUCAGAGGCCUGGCAACUUCUGGGAAUGACUCAGGCCGAGAAUGAGAACGAACAGGCCGCCAUCGUGUCGCUGCAGAGGUGCCUGGAGCUCCGCCCCAACAACCUGCCGGCCCUCAUGGCACUCGCUGUCAGCUUCACCAACACAGGCAUGCAGCGGGAGGCCUGUGACGCGCUGCGCCGCUGGAUCCGCCACAACCCCCGAUACAAACACCUGGUCCAGGAGAGCGGGAGCUCACUACAGGGCUCCCCAGCCAUGCCACGCAGGGGCCCCCGCUCCUCCACACCGGCCAGGUCUGAGCUGCAGGACGUGCUGCUCCUCUUCCAGGAUGCGGCUCUGCUGAAUCUGGAUUGUGUGGAUCCAGACCUGCAGACCGGUCUGGGAGUCCUCUUCAACCUCAGCUCAGACUUUGACAAAGCGGUGGAGGCUUUCAGUGCAGCACUGUCUGUCAGACCACAGGACUACCUGCUGUGGAACCGGCUGGGAGCCACGCUUGCGAAUGGAAACCGCAGUGAGGAGGCGGUGGAAGCGUACACAAGAGCUCUGGAGCUGCAGCCCGGAUUCAUCCGCUCCAGAUACAACCUGGGAAUCAGCUGCAUCAACCUGGGAGCUCACAGGGAGGCGGUCAGUAACUUCCUGACUGCUCUGAACCAGCAGAGGCGGAGUCAGCGCUGCAGCCAGCAGCAGAUGUCUGCUAACAUCUGGGCUGCCCUGCGAAUUGCUAUCUCCAUGAUGGACCGCCCAGAGCUGUUCCAGGCCGCCAAUAUGGGGGACCUGGACCUGCUGAUGAGGGCCUUCGACAUGAGCGACGUCUGACUGCGAGUCCGGGGAGGGCGGAGCGUUGCUCCCAGAGCCACAGGACCGGGUUUAAAACCAAAGACGAAGAAAGAUCCUCCACAAUGUAACAGCACAGCCCUUUAGCUUCCUGUUUGUAGCUCUGUAGUCUCAGCGCGACGGCGAUUGCUGCCCUGUUUUCUCUGGGCAUCUGCGGCUCCUUUAAAAUGCUUAAAUUCAGGCCUUAAAGCCAUCAAAGCGUAUCGCAUGAGUUUAAAACGUCUUCAUUUAAGAAGUCCUACCCUGAACUACACGCCCACAUCACUGCAACAGGCAGAGGCUUCUAAUGCAGCCAGAUGCACAAACAGCUGCUGAAACCUGAUCAGGUCAAGCAUUUUCUCACCUUUAACGUGAAGUCUGAUUGAAUUCAACUCCUCUUCAUCCUCCUCACUUGCAGAGGUCACCUGAGUUCACCUGCUGUCUCUGUAAACCUGCUGUAAGCUGGAUUUUCUCUGUGCAUCAGUCAGUUUUACUCAAACUUUAAAAGACAGAUUUAAAAAUUGAUGCUUCACUGUUGGAGCUCAGAGAGGUGAGUGAUGAAGAGGAGGAGGAAGUUAUCAGAGGAAGAGUGGACCUGUUCUGCUCCAUCUGUUUGCUCAGAGCAGCUUUGCAUCAUUCACAGUUCAAAAUAAUCUUUGUCUAAUACUGAGCCUCGAUGCAGCUGCGCAGUUCAUCUUUUAUCUGAAACAAGCUGUGUUAGCUCCUCCCACUUUAACACAACGUUCCUUUGAUUGGCUGCCCCUCGUAAAAAGAAUGUUUGAACAUCAGGUGGGCGGAGCGUCUAUGCUGACAGCCAGUGACUUCCAUCUAUGAUUUAAAGGAUUGAAGAAGCCACCGUGAGACCCUCUUUUUGAGCUUCAAGCUGAACUUUUUCAGCAUUGUGGUUAUCACACUCAUGGUAGCCCCGCCCUCAGCCCUCCCCCACUUUCUGCUCUUUUCUGACCCUAAUGGGACCUUCUUCUUUCAGCUGCUUCCUUUAUGGGUCUCCACAGCAGAUCAUCUGCCUCCAUCUGCCCCUAUCCCAGCAUCCUCCUGUCACACCAACCCUCUGCACGUCCUCCCUCACUACAUUCAUGAAUCUUCUCUGUGGUCUUCCUCUUUUCCUCCUGCCUGGCAGCUCCAUCUUCAGCAUCCUUUGUCCAACAUAUCCACUCCUUCCUCUGCACGUCUCUCUGACUCUGAGCCGUCCCUCUGAUGGACUCAUUUCUAAUCCUGUCCAUCCUGGUACAUCCAUGAACCUACAUCCUGUCUUUGUGUCAGAGCCACCUUGCUUUGAGAGAUGAGCUGAGCAGGAGGCUGACUUCUUCUUAGACUUCUAUACAAUCAGCCGGGGGAGUCGCCCCCUGCUGGACAUGCUCAUGUCCUCUGCUAUCAUGUCCUCUGCUAUCAUGUCCUCUGCUAUCAUGUCUUCUGCGUUGGAUGAGACUCAUUAUUUACUGCAUAUACUUGUCUUUUUCAGCUUUUUAUCAGCUCUGUUCAUGUGCAGCACGUAUUUAAGCUCAGUUUUUAGAAACUCACAGUGUCCUGGAAAUGCUCAGUGUGAACAUGAAGCCUAGGAUCAGGAAUUUUUCCUAGUGAGUAAUCCAAACCAUGGAGCUGCUGACACGAGGAAAAGCAGAACAGGUCCCCUUUAAAUACUCUUUUCCAACAUGCUUCUUCACUUUGUUACCUUUAACUGUUUAAAGCCAUAAAACAGCAGCAGAUAUGGGUGUAAAAGAGUCUCCGCCUCCUUUCAGGGCAACAUGAAAAGGUAGAAACUCUCAUCUGUGUGUCGCCUCCUGCAAGCAACAGCUGGUACUGCAGCAGCUUUUCUUUAAAUCAAUUAAUUUCUAAUGUAAACGAGGCCUAAAGAUGAUGGAGCAGCAAGUGUUAGGGGAUAUCUUACUGAUGCAGCUUCAGAAUAAACCUGCCCCAUGCAUCACCUGGAGGUGGUGCUCAUCAUCCAGUUUACAACUGCUGCUUGUACGGUCUCUGCCUGCAGGAGGUGCCUGUGAUUGGGCGAUUUGUCAUCAUGUUAUAGUCUGAAACUGAUGUUUUUUUUUAACGUUAUUGUUUCUGUGUUUAGUUUUAUUCUGAAAAGUUGUGUUUAUGCUCUGUCACUUCCUUCCUGUGGCUGGCUCUCAGGUGAGUCUUUUCUGGUUUCAGUUUGAAAACCUGCAGCAGCUGAUCCUCUGAUAACGUUCGCUCGUUUGGAGCGAUUUUCUUCAGCAGCAGCUCAGAGAUCAGCAGGCUGAACGCUGUUCGGUUUGUGCCCAUCGAUUCAGGGACAGCAGUCGAAACGUUAAAAAAUAAUCUCACUGUUUGGAUCCUGAAGAUGCUCGUGUAUCACAGAGGAGCGUCCUCUUCCUGUUUCAGAGCGCCGUCACUCAGCUGGAGUUUUGAGCCAAAAACCACGAGUUGUAUCGCAGUUAGAGGCAAAAAGCCUUUUAGAGUUUAUAUUUUUCAUAUAGAGGACCAGCUUUAACCAGCUUUUUGCAUCUUGUCAGACUGGUGCAACUAAUAUUUAAUUCUUUAAUAAUUCAGUGUUCUUACUCUUUUUUUUAAUUUUUUAUAAAUUGUUCUAAUUUCCUUUUAAAUUAUUCAGCUGAUUCCAUGAACUCAGAAACCUGAAAAGUUUCACAAUUUACAGAAAUCAAAUGCACGGGAAAUCAAACCGGGAAUAAAAGCAGUAAAAUAUUAAAAGAAAAAGCAUGAAUAUGAAAAAGAUCCAAACAAACUGACGAAAGGGAAGCAGGGAAGAUUUCAGUCCCCCCCUCCAGCAGCCUAGGCCUAUAGCAGCAUAACUAACGGCGGGUUCAGGGUCACCUGAUCCAGCCCUAACUAAAAGUUUUACCAAACAAGAAAGUUCUAAGACUAAUCUUAAAAAUGGAAAAGGUGGGACGCCUGGGUGGCUCAGUGGAAGAGCGGGUGACCAUGUAUGUCACUCUCUACUGUCAAUAAAGCCGCUGCGGCCAAAAAAUAACUAGAGAGGGUGUCUGUCUCCUGAAUCCAAACUGGGAGCUGGUUCCACAGAAGAGGGGCCUGAAAGCUGAGCUUUCCGUCUGCUGAACCAUCUGAGCUGCUGUUCAAAUGUUUGGAAGCUUCGGGUUUAAAGGGAAGAUUCAUAAACUUCAGCAGGCGCUCCUGCUCUUGUCGAUCGGCGUGACGAUGCAGAGUGUGAAUCUUCCUCCUCGCAGCUUCCUAUGAAUCCUGGUGUAAAUGACUGUACAGGCAGUAACCACAUGAAAACUGAUAUUUUAGAAAUUAAACAGGUGAUACAGAAAAACAAAA